AUGUCACUUUCAAGAUCAUCUUCAUUGUCCCGAUCAUCUCCUUCCCCCAAGACUUCCAUCAUUAUAUCCAAUUUUGCCAAGGAGGACUUUGUUAAGCCAGAAGGCAACUCGACCAAGCCAAAACUCGUUUCCAAAACCAUAUCAUUGGUGGAUCAAAUCAAAUUAUCAGUGUUGAACAAAGAUGACAAAAUCUUAAAUCAUAUUACAUAUUGGUCCGUUUUACCAUUCUUGAAUCGCAUCAUAAUCAUUUUCAAUGAUGAACAGAUUGCAAGUCAAACUUUGACUUAUUUACGCGGAGUAUUGAAACCAUACGAUUACCUUAAGUUAUCAUUGCAAGAAAAUUUAUUACAACGAUCAAAGUCACAAGAUCAAAUACAAGAAAUGAAUUCGCCAAACUCAAACUUGAAUGUGACAAAGAGUUUGGCGAAUUUCAGAACUUUCCAUAAUGAUCCAAACAAUGAAUCAAAUGUAUUGGAGUAUGUUGAACCAGCACCAGCGCAAUUCAAUGUAUUGUCGGAUUUAUCAAAAUUGGGCAUAGAUUUGAGGGAUUACAAUAGUGACGAGCAAUUAAAUGAAUUGAAGGAAGAUGAGCUAGAGCAGCAGCAGCAACUGGAUCAAGAAAGAAGGUCAAAGAGUCCAGGGUCAUUAUCACCAAUGGCAUCACCAAGACAAGAUGAUUUGGCCCCGCUGCUGUCGGCACAACUGCUGCCUGUAUUAAGAAGAAGAUCGACAAAGACAUUGUUUAGACCCAGCUUGAAGGUGAAAACUGGUGAUGAUAAUGACACUGGAAAGACUGAGAAGCAUGGAGUGUUGCAAUCACCGGCGCAAAUCAAGCUGGAUGAGUAUCCUCAAUCGCCAACGAUAACUUUGGAUGAAACUUUUUAG